AUAUAGACCUCCAGCAGGCUCGUCACAAUGGUACCUCUGGCGGUCGCAUAUUUUCAUCUUCAAUAAUACCCCUCACCUCUUCUACUGCGUCUUCUCCUGCGAGGAUAAGUCUUCGUCCGUACAACAAGUCAUGCUAUGAAAUAAGUAGCAGGCAUGCAGCAAGACAGCGAACUAUUUGAACUUGACAAGCAUGGGCUCUGCCUAUUAUCCCUCGAUGGCGGCGGGGUCCGAGGGCUGUCGUCCCUAUGCAUCCUCAAGGGGAUUAUGACACAACUACGAGCGUGGGUUAGACGGUCUCCCUCCUGUAAAGCCAUGCGACAUAUUCGAUCUUAUUGGCGGUACAAACUGAUUGCGAUUAUGCUCGCUCGGCUCGAAAUGGAUGUCGACGAAUGCAUCUCGGUAUACAGCGAGCUUAUAAAAUCCAUCUUUAAAAAGAAAGCGAGUUGGUUACCAAUCAGUUUGACAGGUAAAACUAAGUCCCGGUUCAAGUCUGCGAAACUUGAGAGCGCAAUCAAACAGGCAAUUAUUAGGCGUGGGUCUAAGGAGACGGAUCUCUUUAAUGAUCAGGUCGGUCGUAAAUGCAAAGUUUUCGUUUGCACAAUCGCGCACGAGAACAGGGCAAUCGUUCGCUUAAGGAGUUACAAUAUGCGAGGUGAACUCGAUAUUCCUGUUACUAUUACCGACGCUGCACUCGCGACGUCCGCCGCGACGACCUUUUUCGACCCUGUUAAUAUUGGAGCACGCAAGUUCGCCGAUGGUGCCUUGGGCGCAAAUAAUCCGGUAAGAGAGGUGGAAGGGGAAGCCUCGAACAUCUGGUGUCCCGAUACAGGAGACCUAAAGCCUCUCGUCAAGUGCUUCGUCUCGGUCGGGACUGGGAACCCUGGACAAAAGCCAAUCAAGUCAAGGAUCUUGAAAUUCCUUUCCCAGACGCUAGUAGAACUUGCGACGGAGACAGAGAAAACGGAAAACGACUUCGUUUCUAACUGGCGCCAACACUACGAUGAAAGGCGUUACUUCCGCUUCAAUGUUGAGCAAGGGCUACAGGGUGUCGAAUUGGCGGAAUAUGAAAAACAAGGCACCAUAUGACUAUCUCGAGUACCAAGCCCCAAGAUUCCGAGUACGGGAUUGCGUUCAAAAUUUGAAAUUGAAGCAAAGUAUGUACAUCGAAAGCUCUAUGUAAAAUACUCAUUCCUCAGUUAACCUUGCAAAGAGAUUCCGGACAAUGAUCUCUUGCGUAUAAUC